AUGGAAUUUCUGGAACAAGAAAAGAAAAACAAGGGUCUGAGUCUGGAUCCUCUGAGGAAUCGUCAUCUUUAUCCUAACCAGAACCAGAACCAGAACCAGAACCAAGUUGUUAGAAUCUCAAGAAAUGUAGAAGAAGAGGGAGAGGAAAAAAACCACCACCGUCGCCGCCACCAGGAGGAGGAAGAACAACCACAACCAGUAGCGCCGCCGUCGUCUCAAGGCCAUCACCAGCUCCAUCAGUCUUCAGAGUUUUUCCAGCAAAAUCAGCCGUCAAUCUUUGGAAGUUUAGAAGAAAUACCAUCACAACCACCGCAGCAACCCAAGAAACGUUCAUACAAUCCUUCGGAUUCAUCAUCCCUGGAGCCGGCCGGAGAACAUGCAAGAUUGCGAGAGAAGAUAGGGGAAAAUUCUCAUCGCCGCCAAAUGUCGUCAAGAUUGAGGAACACAGGCGGUGAGAUAGUGGAAGUUCAAGGUGGCCAUAUUAUCAGGUCCACAGGACGAAAAGACCGGCACAGUAAAGUCUGCACCUCUAAAGGACCAAGGGACCGCCGUGUUCGCCUCGCCGCACAUACUGCCAUUCAGUUCUAUGAUGUACAGGACCGCCUUGGCUAUGACCGCCCGAGUAAGGCGGUAGAUUGGUUAAUAAAGAAGGCUCAGGCAGCCAUUGACGACCUAGCGCAACUGCCGGCCUGGAAACCCACCACUGGUACAUCAGUAGAUGCAAGUUUUGAGCAAGAAGAUGCACAGAAACUGUUUGCUGAAAAUCACCAGCAACAGCAUCAGUUGGAUACUAAUAUUGCGGGGCCGAGUAAAAGGGCAAUGCCAACGCUGGGAGGUGAAAGUGAGCAACAAGGCUUGCACCAGAGAGGUAAUGUGAAUUCGAACCCGAACCCAAGCUUUCUGCCCCCUUCGUUGGACUCCGAUGCCAUUGCGGAUACUAUCAAGUCCUUCUUCCCAUUGGGUGCUUCGGCUGAGUCCAGUUCCUCAGCUAUGCAGUUUCAGAGCUUCGGAACUUCCGAUUUGCUAUCAAGACCCAAUAGCCAGAUUCAAGAUCUAAGGCUAUCUUUGCAUUCACUUCAAGAUCCAAUUUUGCUCCACCAUAACCAACAACAGCCACAGCAGCUUCAAAAUCCCAUUCACCACGAUGAACAAACACAUGUUCAAUCACAAGCACAAGUCCUAUUAAGUGGCACCCCGCUGGGUUUUGAUGGCACUGCUGGCUGGUCCGAACAACACCAGCAGAUGUCAGAAAUCAGCCGGUUCCAGAGGCUUGCAGCUUGGAAUGCCGGUGGAGACACCGGGACUGGUAGUGGUGGAACAGCAGGGUACUUGUUCAACUCUCCGUCAGUGCCUCAACCAUUGUUACAGCAGCUGUUAGGCCAAAACCAGUUUCUUUCUCAGAGGGGACCCCUUCAGUCCAGUGACUCACCUUCGUGUUUCCCAUUUAUCCAUCUUCACUACCUGGCAUUGGAUUUGCCUCAGGAGUCUGUGGAUUCUCUGGGUUUCACAUUCCUGCACGAAUUCGGGGUGAUGAAGAGGAGCAUGAUGGUUACUCCGACAAGCCAUCCUCUGCUUCCUCUGAUUCCCGCCAUUGAGUUAAACUCACGGAAAAGAGAAUCCUCUCUUGCAUUGACAGGAAUUUAUCUGUUUGCCAAUGGGAGAAAUCAGGCAGUACAACCUAUCCAAGUUUUGCUGCUCCCGGUUCUGAAGGAGCAAAGGAGAGUCAUAACUAGGGUUGAGCAGUACCUGAUUGAGUUGGUGAAUAUUAGUUUAGAGUAUAACAUUACAAUACUUGAACUUGGCUUGAAUUUUGCUCAUGAAAGCUCCAUUGACCUUAACCUAAAUAAAUGUUUCAUCACGAGGGUGAAAGUCAGAGAAAAAAUUGAAGAAAAGUUGAAACAAAGAUGA